GAGGUUACCUAGCGGCGGAACGUUUAAGGCGGACUAGCAUUCCCACACGGACACAUUUGUAACGGAGCGACGUGCCAGGCGAAAUGGAAGUGAAAAAUGCUAAUGCUGCAAUGCUCAGCAACUAUGAGGUGUUCAAACUCCUCACAGACCUGAAGGAGCAGAGAAAGGACAGCGGGAAGCACAAACACAGCGCCGGGCAGCAGAACCUCAACACCAUCAUGUAUGAGACGCUGAAGUACCUAUCGAAGACGCCCUGCAGCAGACAGAGCCCUGAGAUUGUCAAGGAGUUUCUCACCACCAUGGUGCCGCACAAACUCACAAAGGCAGAAAAACUACAGCUACUGAACCACCGGCCUCUGACUGCAGUGGAAAUCCAGCUUAUGGUAGAAGAGAGUGAAGAGCGACUAUCAGAGGAGCAGAUUGAGGAGCUUAUCCAGACAGUCACAGAUGUCCUACCGGGAGACCCAGAGCAAGAAAACGCAGCUCCAGCAGACACAGAGAUGGAUGAUGGUGGCAAACAGUCAUGACACCAUGACGGGCCAGAACUGGAGAUAACUGCAGAACUGGAUGGACUGUGAUUAUUUGCACGACUAAUUGAACUGUGCAUGAUGGGACACAUGCUGCCUGACAGCUUGAUAAUUCACAUCAAGUUGACCUGUUACAUAAGCAGAAGAAGAUAUACUGAUUGUUUCUCUAUGUGCAUUCAUACUACAUAGCUGCGUUAAAUCAAACAGGGUAGUGUGUCACAAUAGGAAUUAUUGGACUCUGAUUUCCAAAGCUGCAAUGUUAGACAGUUGUGCGAUUAAACUUAAGCUGGUGCAGCAUAAAUGUAAGAUCAAACAGUAUGAUUAGAUUGGCCUGUGUAAUAACAAAGAACAAUAUAAGCCAGGAGGUUGUCACUCAACUCUUAUUCAGUUUGCGAAGCAACUAUUUUUAAAACAUGCUGACACUUUUUUUCCCUUUGCAUUACAAAGAGAUGUAACAGCUGAAAUAUGCAGCGGUUGUUUGUAAUUUUGUAUCACACAGAAAAGUUGCAGCCACUAUGUCUGCUUUCAGGUAUGGCUGCAGGGCUGUAGUUGUCAGUACUGCAGGACAUGUUUCACAGAGAUGUGUUUCUGUAACCGUGCAGAGGUCACACGGGAUAUAAACUACAGGUUUGCAGCACAAACUCUUUAACCACAGGCCCUGGAUCAACUCCAGUUUUUUUUUCUCAACUUUCUGUUGUAGUAGAGGAAGGAUGUGCUGGUUAGAGUCAUGUACAUUUCUGCUUUUGGGCUUCCUGUUGACAUAUCACAUCAGUUUCCUGUGCUUGCCAAGUACCUUGCCGAGGCGGGACGCCUAAGUGAAGUGAACACUGAUUUUUUGGACAGCACAUCUGAGCGCGCCAAGCCCCCCAACCCAGCCAAAUCGGUCAUGCUUGUAAAAGUAAACAGGAGGAACACUUUAUUAAUUUCUAUAUGACAAUGACAAUUAUCGCUGUUACUUUCAUUCUUACGAUAACGAACUACCAAAUCCGACAGUUUUACUGUACUAUAUUAAUUUUGUUCUGCAGUCAAGACUGGUAAGAACACAGUAAAAGUGGAAGUAGGCAACAUAUCUUUGGCAUCAUUGGGGGAAAAGAUUGACAUAUUAUUGUAAUUAAAGUUUUCCAUUAGAGGACUA